CAUCCCUUCAUGUUGUUAGUGGAAAGUGACCAGGUUUGACAGAGACAGGUAUAUCACCAUUCUCGUUGGAGGUUUACCAUUUCGAUAUCUUCAUCCUUUCUUCUUCAUCAAUAUUGUCUAUUUGCAUCAAGACCUCACAUCAAAACUAUGACAGAUACAAAUGGCACAAAAGAACCAAGGAGAUUGGUUGGAAGAAGACGGCAACGACCAGAAAACCCAAUUGAGACGGCCAAUAAGAUCGAAGACGAUGAGUUUCUUACACAAUAUGUGAAGCCAAGGUUAGUUUACGUUUAUUAACUGUCAGACAAAUCUAGUUAUAACAAGCGUUGCAUCUAGUAGUGAGGGUUGGUCAGAAUGGAAACACCCACAAAAUGAAGCAGCCUAUACCAUGAGCCUCAUACGCCCUACUUGCAUGAGCGAUGGAGACCUGGAGGCAUGUUAUAACUUGGUAGAAGAAACAAGCGGCGAAGAUUAUCGCACUUCAUCUCUCGGCUGGCAUCCGGCCACUAAGAAGAAGGAGAUGCGGUCUCCAGAUCUUCGUUACAUCCUUGUGAAAGACAGCAAGGACCACAUAAAAGGCUUUACAUCUUUAAUGCCAACAUUCGAGAACCAUGAGCCGGUCGUUUACUGCUAUGAGAUACAUCUGAAGCCAGAGCUACAAGGGACAGGUCUCGGCAAGAAGCUUAUGGGCUACUUCACGGACGUCGCGGAGAACAUACCUUCAGUUGAAAAGGCCAUGCUCACGUGUUUUGUCAGCAACAAAUCUGCCCUCAAGUUCUACGAGAAGCUAGGGUUCUCGAAAGAUGAUUACUCACCGAGGGAGCGAAAACUACGAGGAGGAAAGGUGGUGAUACCCGAUUAUGUGAUACUCAGUCGACAAACAACCUCUAAGAGAGUCGAGGCUUCGCGGGCGCACGAGCCUGGACUUCGAUGAGAAAGGCUGUAGAUACAAGCAAACACGGACUUUGUGUCGAAUUAUCGUUGCAAUUGGUAACCCCAAAUAUGACUGCA